AUGACCAAACGAUCGCGAUCUGCCAAAAAAACUUUAGAGAAACGUGCGAAAGUCAAAAGUGAUCAAGACGACAAGCUUUUCUCUAGCUGGAGUUCAUUUAAUGAUGCAGAUGAAAGUCAGGACGAAAUUGAAGACUACGAGCUCAAGCCGCGCCAGUUUAAGGCCGAUCCCAAUGACGAUGAAAAAGAUUUUGAACGUUUGCCCAUCAAGUCGUCUGACGGAAAGAUUCACCGAGUGGUCACAUCAGAUCCUACUUUAAAAAAGCAAGAUAUCAAACACAAGAAAAAGGAUGACGAAGAAGAAGAACAAGAAGACGAAAAAGAAGAACAAGAAGAAGACAACGAGGAACAAGAACAACAGAAACAGAUACCCCAAAUCUCAGAGCGUGAAGAACUUUUAAAAGCUCAGGAAAAAAUUGCAGAAGUUGCUGAAUUGGUCACGGAAGACCCUGAAGAAAAUAUCGGUCUGCUCCGCGACUUGCGUGACAUUAUCGACAAAGCCCAAUAUCCCAAGGUCAAGCAAAUCACCAUUCUUUCCCUCGUUCCCAUUUUCAAGGGCCUCAUUCCCGGAUACCGCAUCCGUCCACUAACCGAACUUGAGAAAAAUGCCAAAGCCACAAAGGAAGUCAAGCGACUAAGAAACUUUGAAGAAACUCUUGUUUCCCAGUAUAGAGAUUAUGUCGAUCUGCUUUCUGUACUUUCUCGCAAAGGCUCUAAAACACACGCCCCCCGCAACGACUCUAAUCCUGAAUACAUGCUUGGAGGUGCUGCUCUUAGAGCGGCCUGUGAAAUGCUUUUAGCAGCUGCUCACUUCAACUUCCGAACUAAGCUCAUUGAGAUUGUUGUCGACAAGCUCAGCAGGAAACAAGACGCCACCCUUGACGGGAAGUCGUUUGCCCAAGCAGUAAAAACCAUCCAAGAAGUUUUCAAGGCUGAUGAGGAAGGCCAUGUCAGUAAUGAGGUUGUCCGACUGCUCUCCAAGAUGAUCAAGGCUCGGAAGUUUAAGGUUCAUGAGGUCAUUAUAGAAACCCUCUUGUAUCUGCGACUACUGACUGAACUUGGCGGUGUUGUCAAGGCUGGCUUGAAUGGCAUUGAAAAAGAUGAUGAUGAUGCCCCCAAAAUUAAAAAGAAGGACCGUGUGCAUUUGUCCAAGCGUGAGCGCAAGAUCCGCAAGGAAAACAAGGCCAUUGAAGAAGAAAUCCGCAAAACAGAAGCAACCAUAUCUGCUCAAGAACGCGAGCGCAUUCAAAGUGAAACUCUCAAAACUGUUUUUGUCAUUUACUUUAACAUUUUAAAAGAACGUGUCGCUGCACCCUUGAUGGCCGUUACCUUGGAGGGCCUGGCUAAGUUUGCCCACCUUAUCAAUGCCGAGUUUUUUGGUGACUUGCUGGAAGUCCUCCGCGAGCUCAUUUUAGAACGCCAGACUUGGGACAUUAAUGGCGAGCUCAAGUUUAAGGAAAGCACAACCCGUGAAGCUCUUUUGUGUAUUGUCACUGCGUUUGCACUUCUUAGUGGCCAAUCCUCCAAAAAUGUUGGCGAGUCCAUGAACCUUGAUUUAACCUUUUUUAUCAACCACUUUUACUCUUCUUUAUAUGCUAUUGGUCUUAACCCAGAUGUCGAAUAUGCUGCGGGAAAAACUUUACGGCUGGAAGACCCACUACUACUGAAAAAGGUCCGCCAAGAUGAUGACUGUGAAUACUUGCCCAAAAAGGUCAACGUUGCUACUGAAAUGGAAAUGGUGGUCAAGUCUUUUGAUUUUGUUUUUUUCAAAAAUAGAGCAGCUAACACCCUUCGUGCUGAGGCUUUUGCAAAGCGCCUUAUGAUUUCUGGUCUUCAUAUGCCCGAAAAAUCUUCUCUGGCUGCAUUAAAAACACUCGCCAAAAUGACUCGCCGAUAUGCUGUUCUUGGUGGUUUAUAUUCAACCGAAGAUCGCAUUACUAAUGGUGUUUUCCGCAUGGAUAUUGAUGAACCCGAACAUAGUAAUCCUGAGGCUGCAACCCUUUGGGAAACUGUUUUACUGGAAAAGCACUACUGUCCAAAAGUUGCUAAAGCUGCAUCACUUGUUCCAAAAGUUUCUCUUGGUAUCAGUAAAUAG